AUGGAGAAGGGCGAAGAAAAGAGCUCCAACAGAUGCUUCAUCAUGGAGCUUCCGACAGAGUUGCUCGCCAUGGUAUCUGACCAUCUAGACCCUCUUUCGGGAGCAUGUCUAGCUAUGGCCUGUAAACGACUGCUCCUAAUUUCCGGGGCGUCGCUGGUCUCAGAUUGUCUCCAAUUCAAAAAGGAUUUUGCUCCUCUAUUUCACCAUUAUAGGAGUAACCAAAGCUUCCAAACAGAUCGUUGGCAAUUGUUAGAAAGAUUAGAAGACGAAAGGUGGCUGGCCUGCUCGAAAUGCCUCAAACUUCACCCCCACGUCGCCUUCACUUCGAAAGAACUUCGGCGAGAGUCGUAUCUACGAGCGUGCAACCUCGGCGAGCUGGCAGGAGUUGUAGAUCUCUGCCCAUGUAGGAAGUUGACUUUCCAGGACAAAGUCAACCUGGUACAGCAUCUGAAGGAUCGCGAGGCAUUCACGAAGAUGCCGUCGAGUAUACUGGGCAGUCACAGCUACGACGAUAGGUAUCUGUGGCAUUCAUGCAAGGCCAUAUACGGAAAUACCGAAGUCUCCAUCGAGAUUUACCCUGAAAUUGAUGACGAUGAAAGGCUCAUGAUCCGCACCGAGUACCGCUUGUACGUGGAGCCCAACCGGCUGGGCAAACAUCAGUAUAUCACACCGCGUUUUGGUUGCGCACAUCGGUCGAUGGAUCUGUGGCUAUCGAGUGUGUGUCAGACACUGUACUGCCACAGAUACAACUCAUUCUGCUCCGCGUGCAAGCGGAUCAAUGUAUGCAGCACAUGCGACACGACGCUCAAAUGUCCCAAGAAGAGGCCUUUUCAUUGCCAAGAAACCAACAAGAUGGCUUACUUCUUCUGGACCCAGCGGUGUCUGGGGCGAUCAACAGAUAUUCCGGACAAAGAAUGGGCCGUACAAAGAAUACACCCAGUCGAGUCACACGUCACUUGGAAUAACUGCCGAGAGCUCUGUCCUUGGACCAUACGGAUGCACCCACCACCAAACCAUGCGCCUUCGCUGGGUAACGAUAUCCUGGACCCGGCUUUGGAAGAGAGCAGCGAGGAUUUUGCGAGCCAAGUCUAUACAUCGCUCCACCUUGAAUAG